UACGUAGACAGGAAGUGUAGGUGUUACUUUCUCAUGUUACUAUCUGCAAAAGUCCCAGGGAAGGAAUGUAGACAUUAGCAGAUGGUAACAACCUUCAGGGUUCAUCACUCACAGAAACCCGACAGACUUCAAUGCACUUUACUGAGGAUCAUCGAGUAGACUCAGUGUGAGAUUCUGAUGGCUACCAAUCAUUCUUUCACUGGCUGUAAUGACACAGCAGAUGAAGCGGUCCGCUCCACAUGUGAUGAUGCAACAGUUUGUAAAAGGUUUGCCGUGAGUAUGAACUAUUGGAAGGACCCUUACAUACAGUAUUUUAUAAAGCAGCCAAGUGAAAGGAAAGCUCCUGAAAUCAACAGAGGUUAUUAUGCCCGUGUAAAGGCUGUGAAUAUAUUGCUGGAUGCCUUCAUAAAGAAAACUAGCUGCAAUUGCCAGAUUAUAAACCUUGGUGCUGGCCUGGACACAACUUUCUGGAGACUCAAGGAUCAAAACUUGCUUCCAAAAAAAUACUUUGAAGUUGACUUUCCAAUGAUUGUCAUGAGAAAAAUACACUUGAUCAAAACAAAGCCUCCAUUGUCAAAGCCAAUCAUAGAAACAAAUUCAAGCAGUAGCCUGCUGAUAGAUGGUUCUAACAUGGACUCUGAUCGUUACGCUAUUAUUGGGCAAGAUCUCCGUGACCUGCCCACAUUAACGGAAAGGUUAAAGAAAUUUGGACUGGAUACCAAUUUGCCAACGUUGCUACUGGCAGAAUGUGUCCUUGUUUAUAUUACACCUGAAAAAUCGACAGAAUUAAUCAAAUGGGCUUCAACUACGUUUCAUACAACUAUGUUUGUCAAUUAUGAGCAGGUGAACAUGACUGAUCGGUUUGGUCAGGUGAUGAUUGAAAACCUACAGCGUCGGCAGUGUAACCUUGCUGGAGUCGAUAUCUGUCAAACUCUGGAUACACAGAAAAACCGGUUUCUUUUGAAUGGCUGGGAUCAUGCAAAUGCUAUGGACAUGAUGACAGUUUAUAAUAGUUUGCCACAAGCAGAUAUUCAGAGAUCUCGUAACUGGAUUUGCAGGUUUUGCGAGGCACUGCAACAGGACUGCAGCCAAGGGCUAGCUCAUCUCUUGAAGACUGGCUUGAGAAACCCAUGGCCAGUAGCUGAGGAUUCAGCCUGCCAUUCCUCUUCACAUGGCCUGCCAACUCAUUGUUCACAAUUCAGAUACAAGGAAAGUGAUGGGUUUGCAACAGGCUGCUUCUUGGCCGAUGACCUCGCCACACAAGCACUGCUUGGCCUGAUGGCUGCCGUCAAGGUGGUGGAAUAGGACACUCUAGUUUCAGCAGCGAGAGGGGGGAAGAGAG